CAGCCACGCUCCUUUCGCUCUCUAGAGACGCCGCUCAAGACACGCCUUCUCUCUCCUUCGUCGCGUUUGCCUCCACGGGUUUCGCGAUUCAGAUCAGAGCUCCGCUGGUAUUUAAGCGAGUGGAAAUUUUAGUUCUUUCCUGCUAAUUUAGCUACGUGUUUUGCUCCUUUAGUCAAGAUCAAUAGCUCGAUAUCUCUAACUUGUGGUCUCUAGUCUGUUUCGUCUAUGAUUCUGAUUGGAGUUUGAUUGUAACCUGGUCGGAAGAUUUUGGGCUUGAAGCGGAUUUGGGGGUGCGCUGAAAUAGGGUUUUGAGUUUGGCCCUUUUUCACUGACGGUGUCUUUAUGGCGGCUGGGAGACAUGUGGGAUAUCCUGAACAUGAACUAAGGGACCGAGAAUCGGAUUCAAGAUUUCCAAUGCGGCAAAGUGCUUCCUCAAAUCAGAAUUAUGACCAGAGUGGGAGGCGCGAUCGUGGUAAUGAAUGGGGACGGGUUGGUAUGGUAAGGCAUGGGGAUAGGGAUAGAAGUAGGAUUAGGGCUAGGGUUGGACAGAGGGAUAUCAAGGAGAAAGAAAUGGUGGAAAUUGGGUCUCGGUCAUCUUCAAAGAGCAAUUCUGGUAGUAGUGAUUGUGCUGGUGAUUGUGGCCCCAAGCGCUGUGGGGUUUCAGCUAGGUCUGUCGACAAGGAACCAGGUGAGCUCUCCAGUGAGAGUGGGUCUGACGAUGUAAUUGAGUAUGAAUCACAAGUUAAAGAUAAUGGAGUUGCAAAGAUUGUAGAGAAUGGAGCUAGCAGCCCUGUAGAAAAGAAGAGAAAGUUUUCACCCAUAGUGUGGGACAGAGAUGACCAGGAAAGAAGUUACUUGAGUAGAAGCAAAAAAUCCCCUGCAGUCUCCUCUCUCCCUCCUCCACCGCCACUCACUAAGAAGUCCACCUUGUCACCUAGUGUCAUCCAUGAUGGUGAUUCUCAUUUGUCUCCCAUAAAUAAUAACAAAUCUCAACAAGAUUCUUCACAAGUUGAGAUUCCUCCUGCAUCACAGCCUGCUUCAUCAUCUCCGGCAGAGUUUUCUUCUUUGUCUACGAUGGAGCAAGUAUCAAAUGCUGGACAGGGAACCAGACAAGAAGUUGCAGGACAACUUGAGGAUGAGGAAAAUGUACCAACAAGGCACAUCUCAUCCUCAAGAUGGGCAGCUAACAACAGUUCUCCAAUUGAUGAAGGUGAAAUAGUGGAAAAAGUGGAAGUGAGUAAAAGGAGGAGGAAACCACCUCCCACAGAAUCAUUCCAUGGGAGAUUGCAUAAUAAGUCUCUAACACCCGAGGUAGGGGAGUUCGUGAGGGAAGGCUAUAGGGCAAAAUCAUCAGAAUCUGAUGAAAGGGGGCUCCAUUCUUUGCCAGGAAGCAGGGGUGAUUUUAUUGAGGAGGAUGCUAGUAAGGGUGAUCAUAUGGAAAUCGAUGAGGAACACGGAAAGGGGAACACUAGUGGUAGCCAGACUCAGACAGAUUCUGAUGAUGACUAUGUUCAGCCUGAUACACCAGAACCUGCAGAUAUUCCACAGAGAAGUGUAAACAUGCUCCAGGGUUGUAGAAGCGUUGAUGAGUUCGAGAGAUUAAAUAAGAUAGAUGAAGGUACCUAUGGCGUUGUUUAUAGAGCAAGGGAUAAGAAAACAGGGGAAAUUGUGGCCUUGAAGAAGGUGAAGAUGGAAAAAGAGAGAGAAGGUUUUCCAUUGACUUCUCUUAGGGAAAUCAACAUUCUUCUUUCUUUUCAUCACCCAUCGAUUGUUGAUGUUAAAGAGGUUGUUGUAGGUAGUAGUCUUGAUAGCAUUUUUAUGGUGAUGGAAUACAUGGAACAUGAUCUUAAAGGAUUGAUGGAAUCGAUGAAACAACCUUUCAGUCAAAGCGAAGUAAAAUGUUUGAUGCUCCAGCUUCUGGAGGGUGUCAAGCAUCUUCAUGACAACUGGGUGCUUCAUCGAGAUCUAAAAACAUCCAAUCUGCUUUUAAAUAACCAGGGUGAGUUGAAGAUUUGUGAUUUUGGUUUAGCUCGGCAGUAUGGUAGCCCGCUGAAGCCAUAUACUCAUCUGGUCGUUACUCUUUGGUACAGAGCACCUGAACUUCUCUUGGGAGUGAAACAAUACUCAACAGCCAUUGACAUGUGGUCACUGGGUUGUAUCAUGGCGGAACUGUUAUCUAAGGCGCCAUUGUUCAAUGGGAAAACUGAGUUGGAUCAACUUGACAAGAUUUUCAGAAUCCUUGGGACACCCAAUGAAACAAUUUGGCCUGGCUUCUCUAAGCUUCCUGGAGUCAAGGUCAACUUUGUCAAACAUCAGUAUAACCUAUUACGUAAGAAAUUUCCUGCCACAUCGUUUACUGGUGCCCCUGUUCUGUCUGAUGCUGGAUUUGACCUGCUGAACAAGCUUCUUACUUAUGAUCCUGAGAAGAGAAUAACCGCAGAGGCUGCACUUAAGCAUGAAUGGUUCCGUGAAGUCCCUCUGCCGAAAUCCAAGGAUUUCAUGCCUACUUUCCCUGCCCAACAUGCUCAAGACAGGCGAAUGAGGAGGAUGUUGAAGAGCCCUGAUCCAUUGGAAGAGCAGCGAAGAAAGGAAUUGACGCAAGCUGAACUAGGGUCUGGUGGUUUAUUCGGUUAAAGCCUGGUUCCUGACUGAAAAUAGCUGCUGGUGAUCUAGAUCCGUACUCUCCAAGACCUUUAGAUUACCACCUCUGAGGCAAAGGUUGCUCAUUAAGUGGAGGUUGGGAACACUUGUAUGUCAAGACUACCACCAUUCAUGCCUUUUUUUCUUUUUCCCUCAGGGAUUCUUGGUGAUUUGGAAGAGUAUUUUCCUCCCAUUUUCCACUAGAUUCCUUGCAGGUUAAAUGUGUUUCCAAGCUAGGGUGAUCAGUUAGAGGUGCAGCUGCUCCUGUGACAAUGCUUACCCUGCAAGGUGUGACAUGACAGCCUCAUCUGAAAAAAACUCAUUUCUGCUGAAACUUGUGUAUGUAGCUUAUAAUGUUAUUGAAUAUAACUACAUUGGAUUUUGUUACGAGUGAUAGAAACUACUCUUUUCCCCAAUGCACAUCUUUAUCCACCGUGUUUUAAUGUCGACAUUGUGUUUGCAAGAAAUACUGGUGUGAAGUGGAGGUGACAUUCUUAGCUUGUCAUUGAAGAAGAAAUUGACAAUUGCCCGUUGAAUCUCAGAAGUCUAAAGAAGCAAGCAGUUUCAGGGGGGGUCACCCACCACCUGCACAUACAGUGGAUUUUAUAGAACCUCUGAUUAGUGUACCCCUUCUGCCUUCUGGCUACUAGAGGUCAGGUACCCAUACAAACCUUUUGCCUGCUUCAUGAGAUUAACGGGUUAGUAUUGAUGUCCUCAUCCGUUGUCUCUCGAGCUUUUCCUCUUUAAAUUGACUAGCAUAGCAUCCGGAUUCUGGUUAUUGGUAUACUCUCUGAAAUUGUAGAUAUAAUCAAUCAGUGUGUAUUAGGACUUCCAUUUCAUCAGCCUAUAAUAGCUUUCUCGAGAUGAACCCAUUUAGGAUUUGUGCUAGUUUUCAUGUCUCUCUAGCUAACCUAAAUCAGAUCAUCAUGCAUCUAUUGUAUUCAUGUUUAUAUAUAUGUUUUUUUUUCUUUUCA